AUGGGAAGUACAAACGAUGUGCUACGUGGUGAUCGACUGAGUUCGCCGGUGAAGCUCUCGCCAUCGAAACUAAGUAUGAAUCAUGGCGCAUUUAUGGCCAAUAUUCAAAACGGUCAUAGUCCGGCAAGAGAUGCCAGUCCUGGAACUUCUUCGAGCACCAGAGUUAUAGAGGCACUACACUCUCAGAUUGAUAGCUUAACGAAAACUAACUUGGAGUUGAUGGUUCAAUCAAAUAAUCUACUGUCCCGCCUGGAAACCGCAAACUCAACACACGGUAAGCAAUUGGAAAGUAACUCUACUCUGAAACACGAAAACGACAAUCUGAGUCUCAUGCUUAGCCGGAAAGAGAGAAGAGUUCGAGAGCUGGAAGAACAAUUGGCUCUUCUUAAGAAUUCGUAUGAAGAAGCGACUGUUAAUAACAAAUCAAUGCAUGGUCGGUUGCAAAAAUCCACACAGCGAGAAGCAGAACGCGAAGAGCAACUGCAAAUGGUCCAGGUUCAGUAUGAUGCACUGAUAGAUGCUCAAGGCAGGUACCGAGACCAGUACGCUCGAGAGGUACAAGAAAUAAGCUCUCAGCUACAAGAUUACAAAGCGAAACAAGAGGCGUACGUGUCUAGCUCUUUAAAGGCUCUACUCGAUAAUAACGCUGCUUUGCAAGAAAAGGUAGAUGAAUACGCGAACAAAUACCAAGAAUUGGCCUCGAUGCAGAAAGGCCACGCGGAGGUGGUUAACCACGAGUGUCAAUCUAUGAGAACCCAACUGAAUGUAGCCAAAUGGGAGGACCUGUAUGAAGAGUCGUGUAAUUCGCUUCACGAAUUUGCUUCAAAAACAGGGACGGAGCUUUCAGCAUCAUUUUUAAGCAAGCAUGGGCGCAGUAAUACAAAAUCGGACCCCAAGUCGCCGAAAACAUCUCAAGAAGUGCAAAAAGCUUCUUUAAGUCCUAAUUUAGGCUCAUCAUCCGGUUUCGUCAAUCCACAGCAAAUUCGAGUUCCAAAAGUACGCAAUUCAUCAUCUGCUAAAAGAAGCAGUUUUUAUGGAACAAACGUUUCCAUACCAGCAUCCCCGGUGCCAGGGGUCAGACAGGCCUCAUCCUCGCCGGCUACAGCCACACCUGGAAGCAUUCCAGGUGUAAGGCGCUCGUCAUCCAUUAGAAGCUCUACACCAACAUCUAGAAACUCAUCAGGUGAACUUUCGAGCCCGGAAACUAACACAAAUGGUUUGAAAACUCACAACAGAUCCCUUUCGAGUCAACUAAAGAAGAAAACUUCUUCGAGGUCCAAAGCUAAUGAGAAUAUUCCAAGUGGUGUCUAG